GAUCUGCUUCCUUCGAUGACCCUUUCGGAAGCCGAAAAGGACAUACAUACAAUCACACGGACAUUGAAGGCGCACUCCUCAUGCGAAUCGUCAGAAUCAUCUCUUCCCGUUUCUUCCCCACAGAACCAAAGCUCUUCCAUUUCCGCCAUUUCCUUCUCCGCAAGAGCUUCAAACCCGCUCAAUCUCUUCGGUCCUUCUCCGCUGCAGCCAUGUCCGGAGAUUUCGUCAAAGGGACCGUCUUCCCCAACGGCCUUGCCCUUAUCACUCUCGAUCGGCCCAAAGCACUCAACGCCAUGAAUCUAGAGAUGGAUGUAAAGUACAAAGAUUAUCUCGAUGAAUGGGAAACUGAUCCAAGAGUGAAAUGUGUUCUGGUAGAGAGUAGUUCGCCUCGUGCCUUUUCGGCUGGAAUGGAUAUUAAGGGUGUUGUGGCUGAAAUUCGAAAGGACAAAAGUGGUGAUAUAAAGCAAAUAACAGUUGGACGCCAUCUUUCAAAAAUGAUUGAGGUAUUUACUGCGGAGUAUUCUCUAAUAUGCAAAAUUUUUGAGUAUAAAAAGCCUUACAUUUGCUUCAUGGAUGGAGUGACAAUGGGUUUUGGAAUUGGCCUUUCUGGUCAUGGUCGGUACCGUAUUGUUACUGAGAGGACCCUCCUCGCCAUGCCAGAAAAUGGAAUUGGCUUAUUCCCAGAUGUUGGCUUUGCUUACAUCGCAGCACAGAGUCCAGGAGGAGGAGCAGUUGGUUCUUAUCUUGGAUUGACUGGAAAAAGGAUUUCAUCUCCCGCUGAUGCACUGUACAUAGGUCUUGGUACUCAUUACGUGCCAUCUGGAAACUUGGGUUCACUAAAGGAGGCACUUCUUGGGCUAGCCUUUUCGGAUGACCCACACAAGGAUGUCCAGGCACUACUUGCACAGUAUAGGAAGGAGCUGGAGUCAGAAGCUCAACUGAAGUUGCUUUUACCUCAAAUAGUUUCAUCCUUUGGCACCCAUAAGCCAGUCACUGAGAUAAUAGAAGAGCUGAAGAAGCAUCAGCUGAGUACAGAAUCAACAGUGGCAGAAUGGGCUAAUGAUGCGCUCCAAGGACUGGCAAAAGGUGCUCCUUUUUCUCUCUUCUUAACACACAAGCAUUUCUCCCAAGCUGCAUCUGCGCAUGGGAACAACGACAAUCAUUUGUCGAAGUUAACUGGUGUGAUGAAGGCUGAAUAUCGCAUUGCUAUAAGGUCCUCACUUCGGGAUGAUUUUGCUGAAGGCGUCCGGGCCGUCUUGGUGGACAAGGACCAGAAUCCGAAGUGGAACCCAUCGAGGUUGGAGGACGUUGAUCCUAGUGAAGUGGAUUCUCUCUUCGAGCCUUUGCCCUCAGAAGUCGAGGAACUGAAAGUAUGAACUUUGGUGAAUUUGCUUGUUUUAUUCUCUGCUUGUUUUGUUAUACCAGUGAAUGAAGUUAAAAGAAAAAAGAAGAAAGGAAUAAUUGUGCAUGAAGUUGGGAUUGUUCAAAUACAUUAUCCCCCCUUUUGCAGUCUCCUUGAUUGGCAUGACUGUUAUCUAGGAUGAUGAGAGUGCGUAGUGCUGAAGAAACUCUGAUUAUAGUUCAUAUGGAAUUAGAAACUCUGAUUUUCUUUUUA